GAAAAAAGCAGAAGCAACAAAGACCUGCGCUCAAUUUUUUAAAACACUAUGAGUGAGUUUCCUGCAGUUGUUUCUGAAACUGUUAGUUUUCGUCAAAUUAUCCCAAGUCUUCAGAAAAGGAGAAGGCUUAAUGAGCCUUCGAACCCAAAGUUACCAAAUGAAGCUGCUGAAGUUCUGAACGACAAAGAAUGUCAUCGCUAUGGAGACAUUUUCUUGGGAUCAGUUGCAGAACAAGAUAACGUAGCAUUGCUGUUUGGGCAUAUGCUAGUCAUCAACAAGGCGAAAUCGGCCAAAGUGUGUUUUGUUGAUGGAACAUUUAGCAUGACACCACGCAUGGAGGAAAGCAAGUGGUAUCAGCUCUUGAUAUUUUCUUUUGAGUAUUCCACAGUACUUAAAAAUCCAACUCCAGAUGAGGAUCAGAUGUAUUUUGAUCCUGAUAACCCUCACCUUUGGGGAGCAUCUGCUCCAGCUGUAUACGCUUUAAUGACAUCGAAAUCCGAGGCUCUAUACAAGCUUGCUUUUCCUAAAUAA